GUGUACCAUAUUAUACAUGUCGAUCAUGGAAUAUGUGACUGAUGUCAGAUGAAACUUUGGGACUGUAUAUUUAGUUUUUGCCCGGAAAACGCCAAUGCGCAUGAAUAUAGGGCCGAAAUGUUGAGAUAUUCCCGCUUAUUGAUGUGUACCAUAUAAUAGCCGUGUGUAUGAUAAGGCCAUGCUUCCAUCCGACUAACUUUCCCUGACUUAAUCUUUAGCUCAUUAUCAAAACACGUGUGUACAUAAUCUUUGGAUGGGACAUUGGUGAAUUGGAGGACAUUGUUAUUUGUAUAUGUAGUGAUCGACUGUUUUCCUGACUGGGAUUUCACAGAUCCAGGGUGUGUUGUUGCAUUAUGCCCGAUCAACUCGGCUUCGUAAACAAAAAAUCUAGUAGAAAACGACGAACUGAGUCACCGUGGGUUGUUGCCAUACAUCGGUGAGUAUAAAUAUAGAAUGGAAACAGGCACUGCUGAAGAUGGAGACGAACGAAUGAAAUCAAACAACAAACUUCGCUCUCAAAAUCAGAGUGAUACAAGCAACACAAUGGAUUCUUUCCAAGAUGGAGGCCAACACAACGCGAAUUCGGAGUCCACCGACUAUUCAAUGCAGAUGGGAAGUAGUCAUAUGAACUCAGAUAUGAAUAAUUUUCCUCCUAAUUCGACAGAUCAAAGUAUGAAUUCUGAUAAUUUUCAUCGGAUGAAUGAUUCCAUGCAUUUGAAUCCGAUGCAGCCGUACAACUCGUACUCACGAAGUGGUUUCAAUAACAUGAAUACUUCAGACCAUCAUGGCGUUCUGAACACAGGAGCAGACUUCAACAACCAGUCUUCUCAGUUUCCUUACUCACAAGGAGGUAUUAGACCAGGUUACCCCACUAUGGGUAAGCCAGGUAUGAGUCCCCCACGACCUGGGAUGGUUCCCCCUGGCAUGAACAUGAUGUCGCCUCCGGGAUAUAAUCAUCCCCCACAAAGAAUGAUGUCGGGUCAAAGUGUAUCGCAACAAACCGGGCCGACCCCUACUCUAAACCAACUCUUACAGACUUCAAACACUAAUCCCAGAUUUCCAAAUAAUUACGACUAUCCGCCAGGAUCCAAACCCGGAACGGAAAUGGGUGGCGGACCAGGAAACAUGCCGUACAACAUGCAGCAAGGUUGGAACCCAAGUCAAGGCCGUGGGAUGCCCUCUUUUCCUCAGGGGCAUAUGUCAGGAAAUUCACCUUACAGAAAUCAAAAUGAAAUGCACGAGUCUAGAAGACAGCCAUCAAUGAGUGGUGGGGGUAGUAACUAUGUGAAUCAAGCUGGUGUUCCAUUUCCCAAUCCUCAACAAUAUUCCCCCAGUUCUAGAUAUAUGACUGGUCAACCUCGUCUAUCAAACCCAUCUUACCCACAACAGGUACAUCCUCAGUAUAACCAAUCAGGAAAUCAACCAAUGGGGGGAGGGUACAGUCCAUCCGGUCCCCCUUCCUCCGCGCAACCCCCGAACCCCAUGUAUUUAUCCCCACAACAUUCACGCUCCGCAAAUCAGUCACCUAAUUCUCAUCCCUCUUCCCAACCGGGAACCCCCCAAUCUGCAGUUCAUCCAUCUCAGGCGUCACCGGGUCCCACACCGAAUUCUGAAAAUAGUAGAUCGAAUUCAAAAAUACCUAAUGAAGAUAGUGUGAUAAACGAAAGUGCCAGUAUGGAAACGAGUAACCCAGACGAAGGGGACAGUCAACAAGAUUCUGUCUCAUCUACGGGUGCUCAUCCCUCAUCAGCUUUACGGAGGGUCCCAUCACCCGCUGGAUCUACUGGGUCAAGGUCAAAUACACCAGCCUCGCUACCAGGAAACCAUCCUGGCAGUCCAAUGCCCCCUCGACCUCCAUCAGGUCAGAUAGAUGGUCAAGGUCGUUUAAGUCAAUCUCCAAUGGCAACUCAAGGUUUUAAUCAGCAGAUUAUGCCCCCUCCUAUUGGCCCCAAUCAGGGAGCUUAUCCAUCUGGUCCGGGAAGUAAGAUGGCGGGUGGUGGUCAUAUGCCUGGACAUUAUCCCCCAUAUAACUCACAAUAUCCGCCUGGAAAUCAAGGUAAUUUUGGAAGAAAUCCGAACAUGCCAGGCAUACAGAACACAAGUGGAGGGGGGAUGCCGAAUUACCCGCAAAAUAUUUACAACGGUCCGAAUCACAUGGGUGGGGGUGCUGGUGGUAACCCAAUGUAUAACAAUAUGCCACGCCCAUCGAUGCCCAAUGCUAAUUAUAAUAAUGUUUAUGGACAGGGUAACAUGGGAAUGAGCAUGCCCAAUCAAUAUGGUGUCUAUAACAAUAUGGGCCCUAAUGGUCCCGGACCUAUUAGACCCGCCAUGAAUAAUAUGCCGAUAACAGAUUCCUCCGCGUCGUCGAAAAGUGCAAACGCGGCUGCUGUAGCAGCUCAACAGGCCAUGAUAGCUGCUGCAAAUAGCGCGGGCAAUCUACGCCCAGGCUUAAAUCAAUCGCGUAUGUAUAAUUCACCUACUAUGAAUAAUUCUGGCCCGAUUGGUCAGCUUAAUCACAUGACUGUUGGACUUGGUGCGCCCCCUAUGAACAAUGUGCCGAACAAUAUGAACCAACAACCUAACAACUCGAAUAUAGUGUCUAAUUCCGCCUCUCAAAAUAGUGCCACUAAUGCGUCGUCGACGCCAAAAGACAGUCAAGCAAAACUGAACACACAACCGGUUAUAAGUGCAUCAACGACGAGCCCAGGUGGGGCCAAUAGCUCAAAUUCACAAGAUUCUACAUCCAAUCAGAACUCAUCAGACAAUAGUGGAACAACAAAUUGUGUUAACCAAUGGGAGAGUAGCUCUGAUCCGUCUAAAAAAUUAUCCAAUAUAAACAGUGAUAGCGAUAAAAACAUUAAACCUGUGCCUAGUAGUGAUAUAGCUGGACAAGAUGCGCCUGCUAAAACACCCGUGCCCAGUGAAACUAGUCAAACACUGCCCCCUAGUGGCGAAACAGAUCAGAUGUCCAAUUCUUCAGACUCCAUGCCUGCUAAUCCCAACUCGACAGCAGUAACCCAAUCAAUUACAGCUCCCAUUGUUACACAAGGAAUGAAUAAUCAGUCGAAUAUAUCCCAGAAUCCACAGGAACAUCCGCCGAACAUGCCCGGAAUGAACUGUGUUCCCGUACCAACGUUUCCUGAUGAACCACCAGAGAAAAAGAAAAAGGAAUGUGGGUACUCAUCGCCCGCGGGUUCGAUGGCCCAUUCACCUGGUAGUGUGAGUAUUGCGUCGUAUGACGAAUAUGACAUAAGCAGCCCGGGAGUAUCGGGCGCAGCCAAAUCUGGUACGAUAGAUUUAAGUAAACUUUAUGAAAUGGGUCCGGAACCAGAUCGUAAGUUGAUGAUUGACAAGCUGUUGAUGUUUAACGAGGAGAAAGGAACGCCGAUAACGUCGAUGCCAGCGAUCAGUAAACAGCCCCUAGAUUUAUAUAGGUUAUAUCAUUGUGUUAAAGAAAGAGGCGGAAUGACAGAGGUGAAUAAAACAAAGAAAUGGAAAGAAAUUUGUACAAUUGUAAAUAUUGGAUCGUCUGCCAGUGCUGCUUUUACUUUGAAGAAAAAUUAUAUUAAAUAUUUAUUUGCGUUUGAAUGUCAUUUUGAUCGUGGUGGAAUGGACCCACAACCCAUUCUUGCUCAAAUGGAGGCAGCUUUAGCUCAGAAACGUGAACAGAAAAAUAAACGUGCUCCUUCCCCAGCUGGAUCCCAAGGUUCGUCUCAGGAUGCUUUCCGUCCUUCGAGUACCCCGAACAGUCAAGGUCUGGAUCCAUUUUCUCCAGGACCCGGAGGUAUGGCGGGGCACUACAUGCAAAACGAUGGUAGCAUGAACCCAAUGGGUGGAAUGCCACAUGGUGGAAUGAUGAACCCAAUGAAUCCUCACAUGAUGCCGCCCGGUCACAUGGGCGGAAUGCCUCACCAUGGAAUGAUGUCGGGCUCCAAUAUGAUGGGCGGAAUGGGUCCAAAUUCCAUGAUGGGUCACGGAGGAAACAUGCCACCAAAUUCCAUGAUGGGACCCGGGAAUAUGAUGAGGUCCAACAACAUGAUGUCUGGCAACAUGGGUCCUGGAAACAUGCCGAAUUCUAUGGGCCCUGGAAAUAUGCCGAAUUCGAUGGGUCCGGGAGGUAUGCCCAAUUCUAUGAGUGGACACAAUUCAAUGAGUGGAAAUAUGCCUAAUGCCAUGGGUGGACCAAAUGCGAUGGGCCCAGGAAAUAUGCAGAACUCAAUGGGUGGAAAUAUGCCAAACUCGAUGGGUGGAAGUAUGCCGAAUUCCAUGGGCCAUGGAAAUAUGCCCAACUCCAUGGGCCCUGGAAAUAUGCCAAAUUCAAUGGGAGGCAAUAUGCCCAACUCUAUGGGCCCUGGAAAUAUCCCCAAUUCCAUGAGUGGCCCAAACCCUAUGAUGGGAAAUAUGCCUAAUUCAAUGGGCCCUGGAAACAUGCCCAAUUCUAUUGGUGGAAAUAAUAUAUCCUUUGGCGGACAAGGACCCAAUUCAGGACACAUGGGCCCCAUGAUGGGAGGAAAUUUACCACAUUCCAUGGGUGGAAACAUGCCCAACACAUCAAUGCCAGGCAAUAUGUCCAACAGCUCGAUGCCAGGAAACCAUCCGAACAGCUCGAUGCCUGGUAACCAUCCAAACAGUUCAAUGCCUGGUAACCAUCCAAACAGUUCAAUGCCUGGUAACCAUCCAAACAGUUCGAUGCCUGGUAACCAUCCAAACAGCUCGAUGCCUGGUAACCAUCCAAACAGCUCGAUGCCUGGUAACCAUCCAAACAGUUCCAUGCCUGGUAACCAUCCAAGCAGCUCCAUGCCUGGUAACCAUCCAAACAGCUCCAUGCCUGGUAACCAUCCCAACAGCUCCAUGCCUGGUAACCAUCCCAACAGCUCCAUGCCUGGUAACCAUCCCAACAGCUCCAUGCCUGGUAACCAUCCCAACAGCUCCAUGCCUGGUAACCAUCCCAACAGCUCCAUGCCUGGUAACCAUCCCAACAGCUCCAUGCCUGGUAACCAUCCCAACAGCUCCAUGCCUGGUAACCACCCAAACAGCUCGAUGCCUGGUAACCACCCAAACAGUUCGAUGCCUGGUAACCACCCAAACAGUUCGAUGCCUGGUAACCACCCAAACAGUUCGAUGUCUGGUAAUAUGCCUAACAGUUCGAUGCCAAGCGGUAUGCCCAGCGGUUUGAUGCCAGGCAAUCAUCCAAGCAGCUCAAUGUCAGGAAAUAUGCCGAACUCUAUACCCGGACAUAUGUCAAAUAGUUCAAUGCCAGGGAAUAUGCCUAACAGUUCAAUGUCGGGUUCGAUGCCCAUUAGUGGCAUGCCAGGAAGCAUGCCGAAUAGCUCUAUGGCUGGGAACAUGCCUAAUACAUCUAUGUCGGGAAAUAUGCCAACUAGUGGAAUGCCAGGGAACAUGCCCAACAGUGGAAUGCCAGGCAAUCCUCCGAAUUCCUCAAUGACGAGCAACAUGCCCAACUCGACAAUGGGAGGUAAUGCAUCCCCUACAGGAGUCAUGUCACAUAUGAAUGCAGCAACAACAAUGACAACAAGUAUGCCCAAUGCUAUGCCUGGAAAUAUCCCAAAUACGUUGAUGGGGACAGGUAUGCCUUUCCAAAUGGGAAGUCAUGGACCCGUUACUUCUAUGUCUGGAAACAUGCCAAAUUCAAUGACAGCUCAAAGUGGUGAGGUGAUGACAACAACUGCCACUUCGACGCCCAUGACAGGAAAUUCUGGCGGUACCAUGACUGGAAGUAUGCCUCACACAUCGAUGCCAAACAAUAACAUGCCAGGGAAUGUUCCACCUAGCGCCAUGGCAGGAAACAGGCACAACAUCCCCAUGAACGAGACUUCAAACAGCAGUUCAUCAAAUGAUGCAGCUCGUCAGACUUCUCCUAUGAGAAACAGCGCUACACCAAAUUCCGAGGCAACUAAUACGACAUCAGCUGCUCCUACUCCAUCAGUUUCUUCAGCUCCUACGAUAGGUAACUCAGAAAGUGUCAGUGUCCAAGAUCCCUUUGCAGACGAUAUGUCAUCAAGUAGGACCAGUGUAGCCCCGUUUCCUAAAAUGCCACCACAAGGGAAUACUUUUAUACCUCGUGGACCAGGUGGUCCAAACAUACCACCAUUUUCCAGCAGUAACGAAGGAAUGCCACGACCACCAAACCAACCAGAUGUAAACGACCCUUACGGGCGACCUGGCGUUAACAUGGAAGGGUUUCCUCCAAAUCGUGCUGGUGAAUUUAACACACCAAAUCAAUAUCCAGGACGACCUGCCAAUCAAUUUCCGUUUGGUCAGCAAUUCGAUAGACCAGAAAGGUUUAGUGAACCUUCCGCACCAAACACACCAAACCAAUCCAUGCGACCCACCGGACCCAUGCCACAGACUCCUCAAAGUGCGUCAUAUGGAGGACGAUAUGGCAGUCAACCCAUGCCAAUAAGACCACCGGGACCCCAAGAUCAAUAUGGCAGCACACCAGGUUUCCAUGGAAACAACUAUGGACCUCGACCAAUGGGAAAUCAGGAACAGUAUGGAAGCUUCCAGGGAAAUUAUCCUAGUCCACGACCACCGAUGUAUGGAACGCCAAAUAAACGAUACCCAGACAUGUCUGUUUAUAAUCACACAAUGUACGGUGAUCGUUCAACGAUGGGUCACAUGACUUAUCCAUCUCACCAAGAUGCAUCAAUGGGCUAUCAUGAAAGCCACAUGUCUGGACCCCAACGAGAGGGCAGUCAGUGGUCACCAAUGAGAUAUCAACAGCAUGGAGGAUCCAAUUAUAUGGGAAAUAUGCCGCCUGGCGCUCCUGGUACUCCACCUAUGGGUCCGUAUGGACAGCCAAUGAUGUCAAGGCAAGGUCAUCCGAGAAUGAAAGGUCUAAAGCAGAAGGCCUUGUUACAACCAUGUGUUAGUAAUCAGUCUAGGAAAGAAAUACCUUUUCCACCCGAUACGAUAGAAGGCGUCCAACCACCCCUUAUCAAACGUCGUCGUCUAACCAGCAAAGACCUAGGACCAAUAGAAGCCUGGCGUCUUAUGAUGGCCCUGAAAUCUGGAUUAUUAACAGAAAGCACCUGGGCUCUGGAUACACUUAAUAUAUUACUAUUUGACGAUUCAACCGUGUCUUAUUUCAAUUUGAGUCACUUGCCAGGAUUACUAGAUGUCCUCUUAGAACAUUUCCGUAAAUGUAUUUUGGAAGUUUUUGCCGAACUCAAAGAUACCGACAGUGUUGAUGACGAUGUUGGGGAUUUCGAAAUAUCUCCAGAAGAAUCGGAAAAGAAACUUGAUUGUGAAAAUUAUACGUUGAUAACGCGCGAUGGAAAAGCUGUACACAUUGAGGAAGAGUCGAAAGACGCGUGGAUGGUCAAACCCAAAACUUGGGAUAAGGAUAAUCAGGAGUUUCUGCCGACAGAUCAUUUCGCGUACGGAGCGGGAAACCUGAGUCAUAUCAUUACAAAAAUGGAGAGCGAAAAAACUAAUUCCUUACUUAGCAAGUUGUUUUCCAAACAUCUUGGAACGCAUAAAGACAAACGAAAAGUGUUUACGAAGGACGUUGCUGUGUGCGAGGACGAAAACAUUGUCAGCGAUCACGAAGAGAAGAUGGACACUUCGGAAAUCUCCAUGGAUACAACAUUAUCUCCUAUUAAACAGGAGGAGAAUCCAACUGUGCGUAACGAUUUUAUUAAAAUUGAAAAACAGGAGUGUGAAAUGGAACAUGGUGAUUUGAAAGACCACGAAGAGCGUAAAACUGAAGUGGAUGAACAAAUCUUGAAGAAAGAGGAGAUGGACGAGGAUACAAAAAGCGAGAACAAAACGGAGGCGAAGGAUAGCGAAUCGAAGGAUAGCGAGGCGAAGGAUAGCGAGGCGAAGGAUAGCGAGCCAAUGGAUAGCGAAGUGAAGGAUAGCGAACCAAUGGAUAGCGAAGUGAAGGAUAGCGAGCCGAAGGGUAUUGAAGCGAAGGAUGAGGUAAAGGAUAGCGAGGCAAAGGAUACUGAACAGAAAGUUAGCGACGCGAAAGAUAGCGAUAGCGAGGCAAAGGACAGUGAACUGAAAGUUAGCGAUUCAGCGGAUGACGAGUCGAAAAUUAACAAUGCGAAAGUUAGCGAUUCGAAAGAUAGCACCGACGAGAGUAAAAAUGAGAACGGAACAUCUGAUGGUGAUAAAUCAGACAAUUCAACGCUGCCGUUUGUCGAACUCGUAACUUACCCGAAAACGGAAAUAGAAACAAUGGGUGCAUUAGCAAUGAUCAACAGGCCGCAAGCUGUUAGCGAUUUGGAGGAGGAGUCUUACGAACAUGACACGCCACCUUUGUACAACGUAGUCAACGCCCACGAGGAAUUGGCCAGACGGUGUAUAUGUAUUUCUAAUAUCUUCCGAAGCUUGUCUUGUAUCCCCGGUAACGGUCUUGAACUUUCCCGCCACUCAGGUCUCAUGAGCACCCUGGGUAAACUUUUACUGCUGCACCAUAAACAUCUACCUCGGUCUAAAAAUCACCGUUUUGGCGACGAAUGGGAAUCAGAUGACGCUGAGGAAUCAGUAAAGGAAGGAGAGUGGUGGUGGUCUUGUUUAGACGCUUUACGCGAGAAUACGCUAGUCAUAUUCGCUAAUAUUUGUGGAAAAUUAAAACUCUCGGAUUUUCCCGAACACAUUUGCUUCCCUAUAUUAGACGGAUUAUUACACUGGGUAGUGUGUUCCUCGUCUUGUGCGCGCGACCCCAUGCCGAACAUGCCUCCUAAUUCCGUCCUUUCGCCCCAGCGGCUUGUUUUAGAAGCUCUGUGUAAAUUGUGUAUACAUGAUGCCAACGUUGAUCUGCUGUUGGCAACGCCUCCUUUCGAACGAAUGGUAGAUCUGUUUGAGACUCUCGUCAAAUUAUUAGCCAAUCGUAAAGAACAGGUUACGCAGGAAUUCGCCAUAGUUUUAUUGUCAGAAUUGGUGACUGGUGACUCAAGUAUUUCACGAGCGAUUGCGCUACAGCAUCAGUGCAUUUCUCUUCUUGUAGACUUCUUAGAAACAGCUGAACAAAAUGCUCACCAGGUGGCCAAGUCACAAGGUAUCGUUGUUCUUCAGAAUAACCCAGAGUCUAUGGGUACGAGUUUAGACAUGUUACGGCGUGCCGCCACGAUUCUCGUACAGUUAGCUCGAGUGGAAGAGAACAGAACUCUGUUUGUGCAUCAACAAAGUAGAUUACUAGCGCUUGUGAUGUCACAAAUAUUGGAUCAGACCGUGGCGAAGAUCCUUUCCGAUGUUUUAUUUGAAUGUUCCCAACUUUCAUAGCCGUUUCAUCUCACUUUAUUAAUUAUUGAUAAAAAAAACUAUUUUAACAAAAAAACAAUUUCAGCGACUUUGUGUGAAGAUCAAACUGAAAAAAUAUUUAAAGAAUAUGUGUACAAUAGUCGAAUUUUUACAAGGUGUGCGACGAAAAAAUUAUACGCAAGAAUUUCUGUUAUAUAUAUAUAUAUAUAUAUUCAUGUAUAUAUAAAGUGUGUUGUGGAGAAUCUGGUAAAAUGCAUAUCAAUGUUCGUUUACAAAUAACUAACGGGAAAAGACUAGUAAAAUUGGAAUGUAAACUUAUAUAUCAUGCCUAUUUUUUUUUCCCCGUAAUCAUUCAUGGCUCAUUGUUUAUUAAAAAAAAAAAUCUUCAACUUACACAUGUUGGGUUAGUUGACGGAUAAUUAAACUUACAUAUGUAAUCAAUUGUUGUACAUAAUUUAUAUAUAUAUUAUCACUGAUCGAAUAAAUGCUGCGUACAGUACAGUGAUUAUCUCCCUUUAAUUCAUCGUUUAAACUGCCUUUAAUUAUUCUAUAACUUACAUGUAAAUAGUGAAAACAGAAAAAGACAUUAAAAUGAUGAAUAUUCAUAAGAUCAAUUUGUGAAUUGACUGUUUAUAUAUAUAUAUAUAUAUA